CAUAACCCCGGAGUACACAAGAGGACAGGAAGGAACAGAGCGGGGCUGCAAGGAGGCCCUGCAUAGCCACCUCAUGUCUUGCUGACCCCUGUCGUCUUUUCCAAGGCAUCUCCCUUCCCUGUGGCUGAAGCCCUCAAAGCCCAAGCUCCAGCAGGAUCAAACAGCAAGAACUCCCAGUGAAGAGAACCCCAAGCAUGCCCAGAUCGACCUCGAUGAAGGGGAGGGAAGAGGAGAAGGGGGAGGAGGACAAGGAUGAUGAUAAAAGCCCUGGGGCUGCUCUAGCACAGCAGUCUGAAGAAGUGGAGGGAGUCCAGCUGCUGCAGGCAGUUGAGAAACUGCCAGAAAAGAAGAAGCGCACCCAUUGCUACUUCCGCAGAAAUGCACAGAUACUUUUGAACUUCCAUAAGCCUACUGAUCCUGAAGACAAUACCAGCAUGGCCCCUGAGGACAUGGCAAAUGCUGACUUCUGUAAAGCAGAGGACUGUGCCAUGCUGGAUCAUGGAAAGUGCUGUGCUAAGAUCAUGGAAAGUGGCACUUCCAGACUGAAGAAAUGGCACACCAAUUCCCUGCAAGAAAGGAAGUGCAAGUAUCUGUUGGAAAUGAAAUGGAGAGGUGAAGAGUGCAUGGUGCCGACCAUUGUGAGGGACAUUUACCAGUGGCUCUCAUCCAUCACGGAUGUGUCUGCUGAGCACAAACUAGAUAAGACCCUGCAGGAGAUGACCCUUGCACAGCCACAUGAUGUGGUGGUGACCCUUCUGCGGUGUGCCCCAUCGUGUGACAGAGUUGCUGUGACCAUGUGGAGGGCAAUUGUCUCCUCACAUGGAACUGCAGAGAAGGUGCUGCCAGAGCUCCUCUGUGUGCUGGAGGACUGGCCGCUGCACAGCACAUCCACCUCCGAUAAGGACGACUCAGAUGUCUUUCCUCUGGCCGCAACCAGAGCACUGUGGGAGAUCAUUCACCUGCCUGAGCGCCCAGAGAUGUUGAUUCUGUAUUUUCCUUGCCUCUUUGUGGCCCUGCUCUUCCAAGUUUUCUCCAGCACAGAGCAGAUGCCAGUGAAAGUCAAUGCCUUCUGGAGGCAAUGUCAGCACAAGCACUUCCUGCCCAAGAACCCCAACAGAUUUGCAUUGAUGACCAUGAAAGCACUGCUCUGUGAGCUUGAGUAUGAGGAUGUAGUGCCUGAAGUUGAACGUGAGUGUGGCUGGGACACACUCCUCAGCACUGACACCCACCACCAUACAGUGGGUCUUCUGGCCAGAGCAAUGCUCAGGACCUCACAGCCUUUGUGUUACCGGAUUGCACGCUGCCUGUUCAGGCUGCUCCGCAGAGAGGAGGCACGCUGGGAGGUGGCUGCCAUGGCCUUCCUUGUUGAGGCCCUGCCUUGCCUUAAGUUAGAGAACUGGGACAAACGCAUCCUACAGCUUGUCCAAAUCUACCUAUUCAAGGAGUGCAGACCAAUGCGUCUCCUGGUGCUCAGAUGCCUCAUGGUACUCUGCAAGAGACCUUCUAUGGCUGAAAGCAUGCAAAACCUGAGUGAAAGCCUCACCGAGGUGCUGAAGGAUGAAGACAGGGAGGUGGUGUGGAUGACACUCUCUGUGCUAAAUGAGAUGUUCCUGAACAGACAUCUGCCAAUUACCAGUUCCCUUGCUCUGCAGCUGGCUGAGGCAUUCCGGCCACUCUUUGACAAUGAUGACAGCCAUGUGCAGCUGGUCUCCAUUCACCUCUUUGAAGCAGUGAUGCAGUUAGUAGAGGAAGAAGGAGAAUGGCCCCUGCAGGACUGCGUGCACCAGAGCCUGCUCCCGCUGUUCUACCACAUGUAUGAUGAGAACCAGUUUGUGGCAGAGGCCUCUUGGGAAACCCUGAUUCAAGCAACGAUAUUCCUGAAGAAGUGGAAUCUUGUGCAGCUCCUGGAGACAGAAGAGCUGUGGAGGUUUGGCGAGUGCCUGCUGGAAGAGGACAGAGACAGAGCAGAUGGGUACCUGCGCCAGUCUGUGAUGUACCUGCAGAGCCCACACAAGUCCAUGCGAGAGGCAGCCAUCAGGCUCACUGCCCAUCAAGAUAUGAGAAAGAACUUUCGGUUCUCCAUCCGUAUCAGCGCUGCUUCUUCAGUCACGGCCGACUGCGACACCAUUGCGCGACACCGAUUCCACGACACACUGUGUCUCCGCCCAGCGCUGGGCACGGGUCUCGGCGCCGCGCCCGCCCGGCCCUGCUGCUGCGUCGGGGGCAGCGCCUGUCGUCUCCGCGUGCGGUGGAGCCCCCGCUCCGUGCCGGAGCCGUGUCGUGGCCCAGGAACCAGGAACGUCCCGCCGCGGCAGCGCGGCACAGCGGGCACGGCGGGCUCGGGCGCUCCCGCCGCGCCGGGCGGCGGCCGAGGCGGCAAAGGUCUGAGGGACAUCCGCGUGGACGAGGAGGUGGAGACGGCGGCGCCCCUCGCUCUGGAGCGGUUCCGCUAUGGCCAGGACACGGGACCGAAAGAGCGUUUGUUCACCGGCUCUGUCAUUCUCUUGGAGUGA